AUGGAUCUCCGCACAUAUGUCUCCGACCACUUGCUCAAGCUGGUCGGAGCGAGCGAAGACAUGAUUGUAGACUUUGUGGUGUCAGAGGCCAAGCGUGCCAAAUCGCCCUCGCAGCUCCUAGACAAGCUGUCGAGCAUGCUAGAUUCUACUGACGAUGACCUGCGCCGUUUCAGUGAGGGCCUGUAUGCCCAAGUCGCCAAGCCAAGCUCGAAUGGAGCAGCGAGCGACGGCAAGGGACAGAAGAGUGCAAAGCCCGGUAUGGCCAAGAAAAAGUAUGCGCUUGUCGACAUGGAGGUCGAGGAGGAGGCACCGCGCCCAUCAGCAACAAAGACGGAGCGGAAAAGGGAGGACAAUGGCGAGAGAAAGUCACGGCACAGGUCGGAUCGAGACCGGAGGAGAUCUCAUAGUGGAGAAAGGCGGAAGAAGCUACGGCGGCGUGAUGGAGAUUUCGACGAUCGAUGGGGCGAUGAGGAGGAAGAGGACGAAGAGGACUUCCCCUCUCCGCCGGCGAAACGUACGCGAUUUGACAAUGGCUCCACGUCGCCGAAGGAGGAUGAGCCAGAAAAAGAGGAUGAAGAGGACGAGGAGGACGAGGAGGAACGCGAUCGCAGAGAACGCAAAGCAUUCGAAGAGAGAUUGAAGCAGAAAGAGAAGGACAGCACGAAGAAACUGACCGAAGACCGAUCAUCAAAACGAGACGCUGCAGACGCAGAGAGGCGGGCGCAAGCCGGAAAGCUGACUGCCCAAGAGAUGAAAGAUCUGAGGUUACGAUCGCGACAGGAUUAUCUCAAGAAGCGUUCUGCCCAAGAGCUGGCACUUCUUCGGAGACAGGUCGCAGAGGAGGAGGAAGAGGAACGGAACAACCCAACCCUGACCCAGCAGGAGAAGGACGAAUUUGCCAGGAAUCGUGAGGCUCUGCGGCUGGCAGAAGAGCGUGAGGGCAUUGAUGACCAUAUUGACGGGUACGCUUUGCCAGAUGAUUACAUUACGGAGAAGGGCAAGCUGGACACGAAGCGCAAAGAAAAGGCUCUCUAUAGUCGAUAUGUGGAGCGCGACGAUCAAGGACGAGAGAAGUAUGUCACCGAGCAUGAAGAGUGGGAGCGAGAACAGUUGGCCAAGACGAAAGCCCAGAUCAUUGUGCCCGAUCACCAGGACGAGGGAGAUUACGAAUACGUAUUUGACGAAGAGCAACAGUUACGAUGGGUCACCGAUGCGGUCUUGAAGGGUGGUAUGAGUGACAUGAAGUCGCCACAGGAGAAGCUCCUGGCACAGCAAAUGUUGGCAGCGGAGAGGAAAGCCAAGACGAUGGAAGAGAAGCGGAAGACACUGCCGGUCUACCAGUACCGCCAGCAAUUCCUGGAUGCUGUCAAGGAAUAUCAGAUUCUGAUUAUUGUAGGGGAGACUGGCAGCGGCAAGACUACACAACUGCCGCAGUUCUUGUACGAAGACGGAUAUUGUAAAGAUGGCAUGAAGGUCGGAUGUACGCAACCGCGUCGUGUUGCUGCUAUGAGUGUUGCAGCCCGUGUAGCAGAGGAAGUUGGCGUGAAGCUCGGCAAUGAAGUCGGAUAUGCAAUUCGUUUCGAAGACAACACCACAGACAAAACGGCGCUGAAGUACAUGACUGAUGGUAUGUUACUUCGCGAGUUCUUGACCGAGCCAGAUCUGGGGGGUUAUAGCGCUCUCAUGAUUGACGAAGCUCACGAACGCACCCUGCAUACCGAUAUCCUGUUCGGUCUGGUCAAGGAUAUCGCAAGAGGACGACCUGAUCUCAAGCUCUUGAUCUCCUCGGCUACACUUGAUGCACAGAAGUUCAGCGAGUUCUUUGACGAUGCUCCUAUUCUCAACAUCCCCGGCCGUACCUACGAUGUGGAGAUGAACUAUUCGUUGCAACCAGAAGCGAACUACCUCUCUGCGGCCAUUACUACCGUCUUUCAAAUACAUCUCUCCCAACCUAUGCCUGGCGAUAUCUUGGUGUUCUUGACUGGUCAGGAUGAGAUUGAGCAAGCGGAACAAUCACUACAGGAGACGGCUCGAAAGCUAGGAAGUGCGGCACCAGAACUGUUAAUAUGCCCCAUCUAUGCCAACCUGCCUACAGAUCUGCAGCAAAAGAUCUUCGACCCAACUCCACCGAAAGUCCGCAAAGUCGUUCUGGCCACUAACAUCGCGGAGACGUCUCUGACGAUAGAUGGUAUCGUAUAUGUCAUCGAUCCUGGAUACGUCAAAGAAAACCGGUAUACACCUGCUACGAACAUGGAGUCUCUUGUUUCGGUGCCCAUCUCUCGCGCUUCAGCAAAUCAGCGUGCUGGACGAGCAGGACGCAAUCAGCCAGGAAAGUGCUUCAGACUAUAUACGAAGUGGGCAUACUACAAUGACUUGCCGGAAUCAACCACGCCUGAAAUCCAGCGAACUAAUCUCAACUCCAUCGUGCUGCUACUCAAGUCACUCGGUAUAAACGACCUCAUCAACUUCGACUUCAUGGAUCCUCCCGCGCCAGACAUGUUGAUUCGAUCUCUCGAACAACUCUACGCCCUCGGCGCCCUCAACGACAAAGGUGAACUCACCAAAGUAGGACGCCAAAUGGCCGAGUUCCCUACCGACCCUAUGCUUGCCAAAGCCGUCCUCCAGGCCGAUAAAGAAGGCUGCGUAGAAGAGGUGCUGUCCAUCAUUGCCAUGCUCGGCGAAGCCUCUGCCCUCUUCUACCGACCCAAAGACAAAAAGCUCCAAGCCGACGCCGCCCGAGCCCGUUUCACCUCUAAAGAAGGCGGCGACCACAUCUCUUACCUCAACAUCUGGAACCAAUGGGUAGAUGCCGAUUUCAGCUACGUCUGGGCCAAAGAGAACUUCCUCCAACAACGCUCCCUCACGCGCGCCAGAGACGUGCGAGACCAACUCGCCAAACUCUGCGAUCGCGUCGAAGUCACUCUCUCGUCCUGCGGGACCAGCAAUCUCCCACCUAUUCAACGCGCCAUCACAGCCGGAUUCUUUCCCAAUGCCGCCCGACUCCAACGCAGUGGAGAUUCCUAUCGGACGGUGAAGAAUAACUUGACCGUGCAUAUCCACCCCAGCUCGGUGUUAAUGGAUGUGAGACCCAAGUGGGUGAUAUUCUAUGAGUUGGUAUUGACGAGCAAAGAGUUCAUGAGGAGUGUGAUGCCACUGCAGCCGGAGUGGUUAAUGGAAGUGGCGCCGCAUUAUUACAAGCCCAAGGAUGUGGAGAGUUUGGGGGUGGAUAGGAAAAUGCCGAAGAUAUAG